CAGCCUCGUACCUUCUUCUUGCCUUUUCCCUCUUUCCUAGUCGCACAACUACCUAUCCCCUUCACCCGCGACCCAUACCAACGACUCGCCACAACCGCCACCAGCGAUCUCGAAAGGAGAGGCCUCGUCGUCUCUAAGACGCUGGACGCCCUACUGCGACACUCGACUCAUCACCACCUCGCCACACCCGCGCGCGCAUCCAUCCGCAUCGUCACAUAAGCUUCCCUAUAGAUCGCCAGCCAGCAACGAGCCCGCGCGAACGAUACCAAACACCGCCCUAGCAUCACUCGUCUUUAAUUCACGCCACGCCACACUAGCAACCAUGGCUCGCAGCCCCGUCAUCCGUACCAUUGAGAAGGAGCCAGCCCUCAUGCCAGUUCCCGAGGACUCCGAGGAGGCCACCUCGUCGCAGUCAUUCUGGGAGAGCGGCUUCGAGGACGUCGAGAGGUCCGGCGACUACUGGGCAGGCUCGCUCCCCGCUGCCCAGGGCCUCUACGACCCCGAGAAUGAAAAGGACUCCUGCGGUGUAGGUUUCAUGUGCCACAUCAAGGGAAAGCCAGCACACAAGAUUGUCUCCGACGCAAAGGCGUUGCUCUGCAACAUGACCCACCGCGGUGCCGUCGGCGCAGACGCUCGUGAUGGUGAUGGUGCAGGUGUCAUGACGGGCAUCCCAGACGCCUUCUUCAGGCGUGAGGCUGAGAGGGACAUUGGCGUCAAGCUGCCCGCUCAGGGUCAGUACGCAUCGGGCAAUUUGUUCUUCGACCCAAAGGACGAGGACAAGAGAAAGAAGCAGAUUGCCACCUUUGAGAAGCUCGCCUCGGACCUUCACCUUCGCGUCCUUGGCUGGCGUGAGGUGCCAGUAGACAACUCCAUCUUGGGCCCAGCCUCACUCAGCAAGGAGCCCGUCAUCCUCCAGCCUUUCGUUGUCCUCACCGACCACUUUGGCAAGACGUCGACCGAGUGCGAGAACCCGCAGGCCGACUUCAAUCACCAGUACUUUGGCCGCCAGCUCUACGUGCUCCGCAAGUCGGCCACGCACACGCUGGGCCUGCAGAACUGGUUCUACGUCUGCUCCCUCUCCCCCUCGAACAUCGUCUACAAGGGUCAACUCUCGCCGCGCCAGGUCUACGACUUCUACCACGAUCUCAACCACGCAUUCUACGCCUCGCACUUUGCUCUCGUCCACUCGCGCUUCUCGACCAACACUUUCCCCUCGUGGGACCGCGCUCAGCCUAUGCGUUGGGCUGCCCACAACGGUGAGAUCAACACGAUCCGAGGAAACAAGAACUGGAUGCGUGCACGAGAGGGUCAGCUGCGAUCCGAGACUUUCGGUGACGAGCUCGACAUGCUUUACCCCAUCGUCGAGAACGGCGGUUCCGACUCGGCUGCCUUCGACAAUGUCCUCGAGCUCCUCGUCGUCAACAACGUCAUCACGCUCCCCGAGGCCGUCAUGAUGAUGGUGCCCGAGGCAUGGCAGGGCAACGAGCACGAGAUGGAGCCCGCCAAGGUCGCCUUCUACCAGUGGGCCGCCUGUUUGAUGGAGCCGUGGGACGGACCUGCCCUCUUCACCUUUGCCGACGGCCGCUACUGCGGUGCCAACCUCGACCGUAAUGGUCUGCGCCCGUGCCGAUACUGCAUCACUGAUGAUGACAUCAUGGUCUGCGCUUCCGAGACGGGUGCCGUCACCAUUGCUCCCGAGCGCAUCCUCGCCAAGGGUCGCCUGCAGCCCGGCAAGAUGCUCCUCGUCGACACCAUCGAGGGCCGCGUCAUCGACGACCGCGAGCUCAAGCUCACGACCGCCAAGAAGGCCGACUUUGCCGCCUGGAUCGAGUCGCAGCUGUUGCGCCUGCCCGAAGUUAUCAGCACCGUCAGCCGUCGCAGCAACAUUGCGCCCAAGCUCGUCGAUGUGCCCCUGAGCACCGACCCGAGACUCCUCGCCUUUGGCUACACAUCUGAGCAGAUUUCGAUGCUCAUGCUGCCCAUGGUCGCCGACGGCAAGGAAGCGCUUGGCUCAAUGGGCAACGACGGGGCCCUCGCCUGCUUGGCCAAUGCUCCUCGCCUUACGUAUGACUACUUCCGUCAGCUCUUUGCUCAGGUCACCAACCCUCCCAUCGACCCCAUCCGCGAGGCAGUCGUCAUGUCCCUCGUCCAGUACGUGGGCCCCGAGGGCAACAUCCUCGAGAUGCGCCCCGACCAGUGCCACCGCUUGUUGCUCGAGUCGCCCAUCCUCGGCCUGCGUGAGAUGAAUGCGCUCAAGCAGAUGGACAAGGCUCACCCUGACUGGCCUGCUCAGGUCAUCGACAUCACAUUCGACAAGAGCGAGGGCAUCGACGGUUACACUCGCGCCCUCGACCGCAUCUCGACGGAGUCUUCGCAGGCUAUCCGUGACGGCUACAAGAUCGUCGUCCUCUCAGACCGCAAUGUUGGCCCUGAGCGCGUCGCCAUCUCCUCCCUCGUCGCGUGCGGUGGUGUGCACCACCACUUGAUCCGCAACAAGGACCGUUCCAAGGUUGCCCUCAUCGUCGAGACGGCCGAGGCCCGCGAGGUUCACCACUUCUGUGUACUCGUCGGAUACGGUGCCGACGCCAUUUGCCCCUGGCUCGCAAUCGAGGCCAUGUACCGCGUCGCCGCCGAGGGUCUCCUCAAGACGGAGAUGAGCGACGAGGAGCUCAUCAAGAACUACAAGAAGUCCGUUGACGGCGGUAUCCUCAAGACGAUGUCCAAGAUGGGUAUCUCGACGCUCCAGUCGUACAAGGGUGCGCAAAUCUUUGAGGCUCUCGGCCUCGACUCGUCCGUCGUUGACCGCUGCUUUGCCGGCACCGCCUCGCGCAUCGCUGGCUCCACGUUCGACCUCCUCGCCAUGGACGCCCUCGAGUUCCACGAGCGUGGCUACCCCAGCCGCGACACGAUCAGCGUGCCCGGCCUGCCCGAGUCUGGCGAGUACCACUGGCGCGAUGGCGGAGACGCCCACGUCAACGACCCCGUCUCCAUUGCCAAUCUGCAAGACGCCGCUCGCGAGAAGAACCAGACUGCCUGGGACGCUUACUCCAAGAGCGCUACCGAGUCGGUUCGCGGCACCUGCCUGCGUGGUCUCCUUGACUUCCGCUUCGAGGAGGUGCGCCCCAUCCCCGUCGACCAGGUUGAGCCGUGGACCGAGAUCGUCCAGCGCUUCGCCACGGGUGCCAUGUCGUACGGCUCCAUCUCGAUGGAGGCCCACUCGGCGCUUGCGAUCGCGAUGAACCGUCUUGGCGGCAAGUCCAACACCGGAGAAGGAGGAGAGGACGCCGAGCGCUCGAUCCCUCUGCCCAACGGCGACUCGUUGCGCUCCAAGAUCAAGCAGAUUGCCUCUGGCCGCUUCGGUGUCACGUCGUCUUACCUCGCCGACUCUGACCAGCUUCAGAUCAAGAUGGCCCAGGGUGCCAAGCCCGGAGAGGGUGGUGAGCUGCCCGGCCACAAGGUCUCGCCCUCGAUUGCCAAGACGCGUCACUCGACGGCUGGCGUCGGUCUCAUCAGCCCUCCUCCUCACCACGACAUUUACUCCAUCGAGGACUUGAAGCAGCUCAUCUACGACCUCAAGUGCGCCAACCCUCGCGCUCAGGUCUCCGUCAAGCUCGUCUCAGAGGUCGGCGUCGGUGUCGUCGCCGCGGGUGUCUCCAAGGCCAAGGCAGACCACAUUGUCAUCUCUGGCCACGACGGUGGUACAGGUGCCGCUCGAUGGUCGUCGAUCAAGUACGCUGGUGGUCCCUGGGAGCUCGGUCUCGCCGAGGCUCACCAGACGCUCGUCCUCAACGACUUGCGUGGCCGUGUCACGGUUCAGACGGACGGUCAGCUCCGCACCGGUCGCGAUGUCGCCAUUGCCUGCAUGCUGGGCGCCGAGGAGUUCGGUUUCGCCACCACUGCCCUCAUUGCCCUUGGCUGCAUCAUGAUGCGCAAGUGCCACGUCAACACCUGCCCUGUCGGUAUCGCCACUCAGGACCCCGUCCUCCGUGAGAAGUUCGCCGGCGAGCCCGAGCACGUCAUCAACUUCUUCUACUACCUGUCGGAGGAGCUGCGUGGCAUCAUGGCCAAGCUCGGUAUCCGCACCGUCAACGAGCUCGUCGGUCGCUCUGACCUGCUCAAGAAGAACACCAAGGUCGCCAUGUCGCCCAAGAUGCAGUCCAUCGAUCUGUCGCCCCUGCUCAAGCCCGCUCACAAGAUGCGCCCUGGCGCUGCUACGUUCAAGAUGCGCCAGCAGGACCACCGUCUGUACACUCGACUUGACAACAAGCUCAUCGAGGAGGCCGAGCCCGCUCUCACCGAGGGCCUGCCCGUGCAGAUCGACUGCGAGGUCGUCAACACCGACCGCGCUCUCGGAGCCACGCUCUCGUACAAGGUCUCGAAGCUCUACGGCGAGGAGGGUCUCAACCGCGACACGAUCCACGUCAACGCCAAGGGCAGCGCUGGUCAGUCGCUCGGUGCCUUCUUGGCCCCCGGCAUCACCAUCGAGCUCGAGGGCGACGCCAACGACUACGUCGGCAAGGGCAUGUCUGGCGGCCGCAUCAUCGUCUACCCGCCAAAGGGCUCGGCAUUCAAGGCUUCGGAGAACAUCAUCGUCGGCAACGUCUGCCUCUACGGUGCCACCUCGGGCAAUGCCUACUUCAAUGGUAUCGCCGCCGAGCGCUUCGCUGUCCGCAACUCGGGUGCCCAUGCCGUCGUCGAGGGUGUCGGUGACCACGGCUGUGAGUACAUGACGGGCGGACGAGUCGUCAUUCUCGGCCCUACUGGUCGCAACUUUGCCGCCGGUAUGUCCGGAGGUAUCGCCUACGUUCUCGACAUGCACCGCGACUUUUCGUACAAGUGCAACCCGGAGACGGUCGAGCUUGGCCCCAUCAAGGACCCCGCCGAGAUUGCAGAGCUGCGCAACCUCAUCGAGAAUCACCGCCACUACACCGACUCCUCGGUCGCUGCGGCCGUGCUGCGCGACUUUGCCCACCUCCUGCCCCGCUUCGUCCGCGUCAUGCCCGUUGACUACAAGCGUGUCCUCGAGGAGGAGGCCGCCAAGGCCGCCGCCGAGAAGAAGCGCAACAGCCACGUCGACCUCCUUGGCACGCUCUCGCGCCACGGCUCGCAGGUCGACGUCUCGCUCAAGGACGACGACAAGGCGUCUGACAUUGACGUCGGCUCUGGCAACGUGCGCGACAAGGCUGAGCCUGCUGUUUUGGACCUCGAGGACUCGAUGGUCGACGAUGAGACGGCCAAGGCUCGCAUGGGCAAGCUCGACAAGUCGCGCGGCUUCAUCAAGUACCGCCGUCUUGCAGAGCACUACCGCAACCCGGCCAAGCGCGUCAAGGACUUCAAGGAGCUCUCCACUCGUCUCACCGAGAACGAGCUCAAGCAGCAGACGUCGCGCUGCAUGGAUUGUGGUGUGCCGUUCUGCCAGUCCGACACGGGCUGCCCCAUCUCAAAUGUCAUCCCCAAGUGGAACGACCUCGUCUUCAAGGGUCAGUGGCAGGACGCUCUCAACAAGCUGCUCCUUACCAACAACUUCCCCGAGUUCACUGGUCGCGUCUGCCCCGCUCCCUGCGAAUCUGCUUGCGUCCUUGGCAUCAUCGAGCAGCCCGUUGGUAUCAAGUCGAUCGAGUGCGCCAUCAUCGACAAGGGAUGGGAGAUGGGCUGGAUGGUCCCUCGCCCCCCUCAGGUUCGCACGGGCAAGACGGUCGCCAUCAUUGGCUCUGGCCCCGCCGGUCUCUCUGCCGCUGACCAGCUCAACCGCGCUGGCCACUCGGUCACCGUCUACGAGCGCGCCGACAAGAUUGGUGGCCUCCUCUACUACGGUAUCCCCAAUAUGAAGCUCGACAAGAACGUCGUCGCUCGCCGUGUCCAGCUCAUGGCUGACGAGGGCGUCCAAUUCGUCACGUCCGUCGAAGUCGGCAAGGACCUCGACGCCGCCCAGCUGCACCAGCAGAACGAUGCCGUCGUCUUUGCCACGGGUGCCACCUGGCCGCGCGACCUCAAGCUCCCCGGCCGCGAUGCAGACGGCGUCGCCUUUGCCAUGUCCUACCUCACCUCUGCGACCAAGUGCGUCGACAAGGGCCUCACCGACGCUGCCAUCAACGAGCACAUGGCCGGUCUCAACCCGGCAGGCAAGCACGUAGUCGUCAUCGGUGGUGGUGACACGGGCAACGACUGUAUCGGCACCUCGGUCCGCAUGGGCGCUGCGUCGGUCACCAACCUCGAGCUCCUCCCUCAACCUCCCGAGGCUCGCGCUCGUGACAACCCUUGGCCUCAGUACGCCCGCAUCUUCCGUACCGACUAUGGUCACACGGAGGUGACGGACCGCUUCGGUAAGGACCCGAGGCGUUACUGCACCACGACGAAGGAGUUCGUCAAGGAUGCUGAGGGCAAGCUGGUGGCUCUGAAGAUUGCUCGUGUUGACUGGCAGAAGGACAAGAGUGGCAAGUGGAACAUGGGACUCAUUGAAGGCUCUGAGGAAGAGAUCCCAUGCAACAUUUGUCUCCUCGCCAUGGGCUUUUUGGGCCCCACUCCCGAAUGCCACCUCCCAGGUCUCGACCUCGACGGAAGGUCGAACAUUGCUGCACCAUUUGAUGGUCCACGAGCAUUCCAGACGAACCUGGACCGCGUAUGGGCUUGUGGCGAUGCACGUCGUGGACAGAGUCUCGUGGUUUGGGCUAUCUCGGAGGGCCGCCGCCUGGCUGCGUCGCUGGACAAGCAUUUGCAGGGAAAUACUAGGCUGCCGUGGGCUGGUGGUAUUCCUCAACGUUCCUGGGCCGCAUACAAGGCCGGGGCGCCUACGGGAAAGGCGAUUGCUGCGCAGGCGGCUUGAGUUGAGGAGAUGUAGAGGAUAGACGGAAGAGGUGGUUCCGAGUCGUGUUUCUCUUGCGGUUCGCUGUCGUGUUUGUCUUGUUUCGGAAAUUGAAGAAAAGUUUAACGC